CUUUGGGAUGCUAUUUUAUGCGUUUUGCAGUUUCAGGCGUAUCUUGCUUCGGCAGCAGCCGCAGCUGCGAAUAGUACUGGUGCAGCAGGAGCCGGUAUGCUGGGCAGUCAGCAGCAGCGCGAUUCAGCAGCUGUGAACAAUUCGGCUGUUGCUCCGCCGCCCGGCUUUACGGGUCCCCCGGCGGCAUUUACACUUCCACAGCACAAUCAUAUCAGCUCGAUAUUCCAGGUAAGUGCGCAAAUCAACCAGCUGCCGUUCCCAUUUAUGUUACCGAAUGCUACCAAUGGGCACGGACAGCAUAAGUUGAACCACCAGAUGUUUGCGCAACAGCAAACAGUCGAAGAUCCGAUUUCGGAUCAGCGCCUUCCAACACAGCAGCCCAAGGUGUAUCCGGGUCAUCAACAGCUGGACAAGUACGUGAGCAGUGCCGGAGCGAAGGAUCGUCUAGGAGGAGGUGCGCAUUCCACUCCACCGCCUCAAGUCUAUCAGCCUCAAGGGUAUAUGUCGCAACAGAUGCCGUUGCACGGUCACAAAAAGACGUACGGUGGUGGCCCGCAGCACUGGAGUGCAUCGUGA